UCCCUUUUCAAUCAUACACCCUGUACUAAUUCUUAUUGUUAUAGAUACUCCUUCUUCUCCUUACUUUCCAAUUCUCUACUAUUUGUGUCAUUAACAAAUGGGUUCUUUCAAGCUGUUGAGUCUUAUAGCCAUGGUUCUCAUGUUACUAUUGCCCAUGGCUGCCAAAGGGGAUUUUUUUGAUGAUGUCCUUGAAAAGGUUUGUGAAGAAGUGGAGUGUGGGAAAGGAAACUGUGUGGUGAAUUCAAGUUACCCUUUGAACUUUGUUUGUGAAUGCGAUUCUGGCUGGAAGCGAACCCAAGAUGAAGAUGAUGAUAUAUAUGCUACUAGCUUUCUUCCAUGUGUCAUUCCUCAAUGUAGCUUGAAUUAUGGUUGCCAACCAGCACCUCCUCCAGUUCCAGAGAAGACUUUACCUCGCAACAUUUCAGCUUUUGAUCCUUGCUAUUGGGCAUAUUGUGGAGAAGGACAAUGCACCAAGAACAAGACACAUACACACAGAUGUGAAUGCAACCCCAAUUAUUAUAAUCUUCUCAAUAUCUCUGUCUUCCCUUGUUACAGUGAAUGUACUCUUGGAUCUGAUUGUUCCAGACUUGGAAUUAAAGUUUCAAAUUCAACCGGAGAUGUUGAUAGUCAUGCAAGCUCAAUCUUUGGAGGAAGGUUCCAUUGGAUCACUGUGUUGUUGAUUUCAACGGGUAUGGUUAUGUGGAGCUAGCUAGGAUGCAGAGAUGGUGUCUGUUAUUAUGCUGAACGUCAUGAAUAUGGGAAUAUAUUAGUUUAAUUUUGUGAAUUAUUUAUUUGAUUAUAUUGUUGUGAUUUUUGUGUAAUAUAAAUAUAUAUACAUAGUCUCAUUAUAGCCUAUAGAAAUAAAGCUAUGAUUCAGUCAUUUGGAGAUGAUGACUAUUGUAUCAUGUGGUGUUUUCUGUUUUGUAUACGUACUUACAUGUAAACAUAUACCUUUCCUUUAUACUCAUUAUUAAUUCAGAGCA